GGCGGACCCAAGAGGCCUGAGCAGCGUUUGCCCCCAGCCCCCUGUGGGGCCCUGGGGCCCCCCGAAACCUCCAGGACGGAGCCAGAAGGGGCGGGCACCAUGAACAAGUUACGGCAGAGCCUGCGGCGGCGGAAACCAGCCUACGUGCCGGAGGCGUCGCGCCCCCACCAGUGGCAGGCAGACGAGGAUGCCGUGCGCAAGGGCACUUGCAGCUUCCCAGUCAGGUACCUGGGCCACGUGGAGGUGGAGGAGUCCCGGGGGAUGCACGUGUGUGAAGACGCUGUGAAGAAGCUGAAGGCGAUGGGCCGGAAGUCCGUGAAGUCCGUCCUUUGGGUGUCAGCCGAUGGGCUCCGAGUGGUGGAUGACAAGACCAAGGACCUGCUGGUAGACCAGACCAUCGAAAAGGUCUCCUUUUGUGCCCCUGACCGCAACCUGGACAAGGCUUUCUCCUACAUCUGCCGUGACGGUACCACCCGCCGAUGGAUCUGCCACUGUUUCCUGGCACUCAAGGACUCUGGCGAGAGGCUGAGCCACGCGGUGGGCUGUGCCUUCGCCGCCUGCCUGGAGCGGAAACAGCGGCGGGAGAAGGAAUGCGGGGUGACGGCCGCCUUCGAUGCCAGCCGCACCAGCUUCGCCCGCGAGGGCUCCUUCCGCCUGUCGGGCGGCGGGCGGCCCGCUGAGCGAGAGGCCCCCGAGAAAAAGAAAGCAGAGGCAGCAGCUGCCCCAUCUGCGGCUCCUGGCCCUGCCCAGCCUGGGCAUGUGUCCCCGACGCCGGCCACCACAUCCCCUGGGGAGAAGGGUGAGGCGGGCACCCCGGUGGCCGCAGGCACCAGUGCAGCUGCCAUCCCCCGACGCCACGCCCCCCUGGAGCAGCUGGUUCGCCAGGGUUCCUUCCGCGGGUUCCCAGCACUCAGCCAGAAGAACUCACCUUUCAAACGGCAGCUGAGCCUACGGCUGAAUGAGCUGCCGUCCACACUGCAGCGCCGCACUGACUUCCAGGUGAAGGGCACAGUGCCUGAGAUGGAGCCCCCUGGAGCCAGUGACAGCGACGGCAUCAAUGCUCUGUGCACACAGAUCAGCUCGUCUUUCGCCAGUGCUGGAGCACCCGCACCCGGGCCACCACCAGCCUCAGCAGGGACUUCUGCCUGGGGUGAGUCCUCCGUGCCCCCUGCAGCGGCCUUCCAGCCCGGGCACAAGCGAACCCCUUCGGAGGCCGAGAGGUGGCUAGAGGAGGUGUCCCAGGUGGCCAAAGCGCAGCAGCAGCAGCAGCAGCAGCAGCAAGCGGCCUCAGUGCCCCCUGUGGCCCCUGCCCUGCAGCCCUUUCCCGCCCCCGUGGGGCCCUUCGACGCUACACCUGCACAGGUGGCCGUGUUCCUGCCACCCCCACACAUGCAGCCCCCUUUUGUGCCCGCCUACCCGGGCCUGGGCUACCCACCCAUGCCCCGGGUGCCCGUGGUGGGCAUCACACCCUCACAGAUGGUGGCCAAUGCCUUCUGCUCAGCCGCCCAGCUCCAGCCCCAGCCAGCCACCCUGCUCGGGAAAGCCGGGGCCUUCCCACCCCCGGCCAUGCCCACUGCCCCGGGGGGCCAGGUCCGCCCACGCCCCAAUGGGGCACCCUGGCCCCCAGAGCCAGCACCUGCCCCGGCCCCUGAAUUGGACCCCUUUGAGGCUCAGUGGGCAGCGUUAGAAGGCAAACCUGCUGUAGAGAAGCCUUCCAACCCCUUCUCGGGCGACCUGCAGAAGACUUUCGAGAUUGAACUGUAGCCCGAGCUGCCCUGCCCACCCCAGCAUCUCCAGGUGCCCACACCUGGGAAUGGAGGCCCAACCUCUCCCUAGUCCCGCUCCCUGGGGCUACGCCCCACCCCCCAACACCCCUUCUAACCGCCCCCCCCCGGAACCACCCCCCACAACCACUACAGAACCGACAUUGUAACGCCCAGGUUGUGACAGGAUGGGAUUCGGGGACGGACCAGCCUGGCUAAGGGACCCAUUUCACUGCCAGACUUAGGCUGGUGGUGCCCUUCCCCCCCUUCCCCCAAACCCCAGACACAGCGGGAUGGCCACCGUCCCACUGAGUGCCCUCGGUUCAAGCUACAUCUCCCAGUUUCUGUUGUUGACCUUCGACCUUUCAGUGUUGGGUGGGAUGGAAAAGGGAGGCCCACUUAGGGGCUCUUCUGGACCCCACAGGAGUGCCCACCCCAAGUCUGGCCGUCCCCUUCCAGACACAGCACAAGCAAAGGGCUUCCCUCUGCCCACCUGCUGCGUUCACUGCCAAUGCUGUGCUCACCCCUAUCAUCCCUCUCCCCCACUCGGGGGCCCACAUCUUCCUUGGGCCAAGGUCUCGUGGGGGCAGGGGCCAAGUUGGGGGCCCAGGAGUUGGGGUGGGGGGAAGAGGAAGGAGAUGCUCAGUUACCUCACGUCAGUGCCCGCUGGGGAAGGGCCCGGGAAGAAGGGGGGGUGCCUGGCGGGUACUUUUCUAUCUUUUAUUUCCAGAUUUUUUUGUAUCUAAACUCACAGAUUUGUAUUAUACAAGGACAGCCAAUAAAGGAAGACUAUAAUGGUG